AUGAGUGAACAGCCCACGAUUUCCCCCAUCACCGGGUUGCCAAACAUCAAGCGUCUGAUAACCGACAUCGACAGCAACGGCAAAGCGGUCUUCUCGAACAUCAUCGAUGAGAAUCUAGAGCUGAAGGAGCUCACCCUGAUUCCAUUUGGCGGCAAGGAAUCUGCACGCGUUGCUGUGGCCUACGCAACAAAUAGUUUCCCCACCACAUUGAAGGACCAGACCGACAUCAAUGUCUUCAGCGAAUUUCAAGCAAAACCACCUGGGGUGUUCGUUCCUAAUGGCUCGGUACUUCGCUAUCUCGACUUCCCUCCUGGGUCUAAAUCACCGAUGCACGCUACCAAAAGCCUCGACUACGCAAUAGUGAUUGAGGGAACCAUCAUUGCGAUUCUUGAUGAUGGUCAGGAACGGACCAUGUCCAGGGGAGAUGUGCUGGUGCAGAGGGGGACGAAUCAUGCGUGGCUAAUGCCAGUGGUACCGAAUGGGCUCGAAUGGUCUACGUGCUCCUAG